AUGCAGUCGAGUAAUUCCCCAAAACAGUUGAGCGCUGAAUUCAGCGAGCAGUCGAUUGUGGAGGCCAUCGUGCCUUCAGAUCCGUCUAUUGACCUCAAAUCUGCACUGGACUCAUGGGAUGGAUCAGCGUCUGACCGUCUCCCGACGUUCCUACCUACCAUCCAGCAAAGGCAGUUCCUGUUCUUCGAUGAGCAUGUCCAAGUAUAUGCUGUGUUGAGGGCUCCUUGCGUUGAGCAAGGCGUCUUGGGCUCUUAUCUCUCUCGAUUGUCUAUCACUCUACAAGCAUAUGCUUCAGGCAAUGUAGUUCCAGUACAGGCGGAGACGGGCGAAAGUCGACCUGCGCAAGCUCAUCAGAGCAAAGAGCUCCUAUGCGCGGAGAAGAUUGAAGAUGUGACCAAUCCGCUCUUCAUUACCCAGUGCUCUUCAGAAGGGAAGUCCACAUACGUCGUCUGGAGGGCUAGCGUUCAUGUCGGGCGCCCGCAAGCGAAGCUACAGAAGCCAGUAAUAUAUUUUGCAAUCACGGCUACACUACGACCAGACGAAGCCGAAGUAAAUGCGGCUCAAGACGACUAUCUCCCCAGCCACACUCCGAUGCCAAUCAACCUGCUCCAGGCAUUUGCGAGUGAUCCUGAGCUUAGGGAUGUCCGGCCACACUUGUCUGCUUCCAGAGUUACCAAGGUUAUUCCAGUCGGCCAUGGCACAAGCACAUCAGUGCGCACUCUCCAGGCCAGUCCGCGGCGGCAGUUCAGAAUCUUUCCAGCCAUCUAUUGGAGGAUCCGCUACUCGAGACUGCACUCGGGAGCUAGGGAGGUCACGGUUCUUGCAUCUCUAGACCUAGAGGUCACAUCAUACGCAGACUGCGAUGUCUCAAUCGAUGAUGUCCGCCUUACGCUCCACCAUGGGGAGGUCGUGCCUCAUGGUGGCAGCUGGGGCUCAAGAUUACCUGGACGAUGUCGAGCUGGCGACCUACUAAGUAGAGUAUAUAAGCUCCGACCGGCUAUGGACUACGGAAGUUCGUCUCGAAGUGCUCCGACGGCUUAUACACUUGAGCUGGGCGUUAAGGCAACAGCGUUUGUAUCAGACGGGUGUCGCCCAACUCUCGAGGUAAACUGGAGUACGAGCGUGGACACCGCCCUCUUCCGGCCGGAGCCCACCAAAACGGGUUCGCUGCGUGAUGGUACUCGAAGCCAAGAUGCAGUUGCUGAAAAUCGUGGGCACGCACCAGCAGACAGAGCUCAGCCACCAUUGUCAGCUACAAACGAUCCGCCCAGCUUCGACCUGACAUUUACAAUAUCGGGACCGGAUCAGGUCUACGUCGGCGAGAUCUUCCAGUGGAACCUCUUGGUUGUGAACCGGUCAGACAAAGCUCGAAGCCUAGCGAUGCUGGUGGUUCCGAAGCGGAGAAGAGCAGAUGUCAAGCAGCACCAGUCGAGGGUUUCCUCAUCGUCUGUGGGAGUAGCUAAAGAGAGCCAAGAGGAAGUCCUUGCGGAAGCUGUGUUGGACGACAACUUGGUGUAUGUCACGCAAAAGAGCGGAUUCUCGGAACCGGCAGAGCUUGUGAGCCUGAGCCCUGACAUACGGAUUGGCCCACUUGCAUCAGGCGCGUGUUACACAACGGACAUGAAGUUCCUCGCUCUCGCUGCUGGCGUCCUGCACGUCGACAGCCUGCGUGUGAUUGAUCUCGCAACAAAGGAGACAACAGACAUUCGGGACUUGCCAGAUAUCGUAGCGACAGAGCGGGAUGUUGCCAUAUGA